AUGAAGUUUCUCCCAACCAUCCUCUCUCUUGCUUCGUGCGCUGCGGCGCUCCCGGCUGCUUCUCAGGCCGGGGUGUCUCUCGUCGGGCGCCAGACCGCCAACCAGAUCACCGACCAGUAUCUCUUUGAUAUCUCACUUCCGGCUUUCACCUCCCGCCGGAAUGCCCGGGACCCGCCGACUCUGAUCUGGGACUCCGAUGGCUGCAGCGAUUCCCCUGACAACCCGUUUGGCUUCCCCUUUGUACCCGCCUGCCAGCGCCACGACUUUGGCUACCGUAACUACAAGGCCCAAAAUCGCUUCACCGAUGCUGGCAAGCUCAGUAUCGAUAACAACUUCAAGGACGACGCUGUGGGGGUGUGCGAAGCGCUCGCUGAUGUGUACUACGCAGCUGUCCGGGCGUUCGGCGGUAGCACGCAAGGCAAACGUAGCGAAGACCUGAUCAAGGAGUAUGAGGAGAAGGUUGCGAUUUACAACAAGGCGGUUGAGGAAGCUCAGGCCAAGGGCGAGCUGUGGCGUAUUGAUUAA